CAGCGAAGCACGCACGAGCAAUACAAUUGUUUCAGGUAGACUUGUUAGUUCUUCUUUGUGAAGCUCACGCGUUUGUCUCCGGUGUUUCCUUCAAUUCAAAGAUCCGUGCUUGAGUUUCGCGAAGAAUAGGAGAAGAAAAGUUUAAGAAACGUAGUAGUGCCUACUAGUGGAAAGGACUUUCAAUCGUGAUGCUCUAAGUGGCCGAACAUCCAGCGGCUUUGUCCUCUUGAGAGGAGCGCGAUGAAAAUUCUGGCCAAGUCCUAGGCCUCUUGGGCUGUAAGGCGUGGAGUAGUAGCAAAGGAGGAAAUGGCCAUUCUUCAAGCCGCUGCGCCGAGCGCUCCCUUCGAAAGAUGCUGGAGGCGCAGCAAGAGAAUGGAUAAGGUGUUUGUGGGCUGCUUGCAAAAUGGGAAAUUGGCCAAGGUGCGAAGAUUGCGAGUCUCAUGCUCGUUGGAAGCCAUGGUUUCUGAUAUGGGCAAAGGAGCUCCAAAAGGCCUUUUCCCUCCCGAGCCUGAGAGCUACACUGGACCCAAGCUCAAAGUUGCAAUUGUUGGUGCGGGUCUAGCUGGAAUGUCCACCGCUGUUGAACUCCUCGAUCAAGGACACGAGGUUGACAUUUAUGAUACCAGGUCGUUCAUCGGUGGAAAGGUUGGAUCAUACCAAGACAAGAACGGGAACCACAUCGAGAUGGGAUUGCACGUCUUUUUUGGUUGCUAUUGCAAUCUCUAUCGUCUCAUGUCAAAGGUUGGAGCGGAUGAGAAUCUUCUUCUCAAAGAUCAUAUCCAUACCUUCAUCAACAAAGGAGGCUUAACUGGAGAGCUGGAUUUUCGAUUUCCUGUCGGCGCUCCUUUGCAUGGAAUCAAAGCUUUUCUCACGACAAAUCAGCUCAACGCUCUUGACAAAACGGCCAACGCUUUUGCUCUUGCAACAAGUCCGGUUGUGCAAGCUCUCAUUGAUCCCGAUGGUGCAAUGCGGACUAUCAGAAACUUAGACAAGGUCAGCUUCUCAAAGUGGUUCAUGUCCCACGGAGGAACACGAGAAAGUAUCAGUCGAAUGUGGGAUCCAAUUGCCUACGCUCUGGGAUUUCUCGACUGUGACGACAUCAGCGCUCGCUGCAUGCUCACCAUUUUUGCUCUUUUUGCUACCAAAACAAAUGCCUCGCUUCUUAGAAUGUUGAACGGGGCUCCGGAUCUUCGGCUGCACGCUCCCAUCCGCGACUACAUAACAAGUAGAGGUGGAAGGUUUCACUUGCGAUGGGGAUGUCGAGAAAUUCUUCACGACUACACUCUGGACGGCGAGACCUUUGUGACUGGGCUCGUGAUGACGAAGGCAGGCGAAAGAGAAGUUAUCAAGGCUGAUGCUUACGUCGCAGCUUGUGAUGUUCCUGGAAUCAAAAAGCUUUUGCCAGAACAAUGGCGGGAGUACGAGUUUUUCGACAAGAUAUACAAUCUCGUAGGAGUGCCAGUGAUCACCGUGCAACUACGAUUUAAUGGCUGGGUGACUGAAAUGCGAGAUAUCGAGCUUUCAAGACAACUCAACCAAGCGACUGGACUUGACAAUCUGCUCUACUCGGCAGACGCAGACUUCUCAUGUUUUGCUGAUCUUGCACUAACUUCGCCAGUCGAUUACUACAAGCCCGGUGAAGGAUCUCUUCUUCAGAUGGUUUUGACACCAGCGGAUCCUUACAUGCCGCUCUCGAACGACAAGAUCGUGAGCAAAGUUCAUGAGCAAGUGACUGACUUGUUCCCAUCAUCUCGGGAGCUAAAAGUUACUUGGUCUUCCGUGGUGAAAAUCGGACAAUCGCUGUACCGAGAAGCUCCGGGCAUGGACGCUUUCAGGCCCGACCAGGCGACCCCGAUCUCCAAUUUUUUCUUGGCUGGAUCUUACACUAAACAAGAUUACAUCGAUAGUAUGGAGGGCGCGACGCUGUCUGGAAGGCAAGCAGCAGCUCGGAUUUGCGAGAAAGGAUCGUUUUUGAAAGGAUUAAAUCCAGAGGAAGAAGAGAAGAUUGUCGAGAAUGGUUCGUCUUUGAGCAAGAGCAAGGACGAGUCUCCACUCACAUUUGUUUAAAUACCAAGUUUUAAAUUUCUAGGGUU